AUGAUCGACACCGAUAAUCUGCGAACAGCGUCGCUGUACAUCAACAAUCAGCUCCUUUCGCGGGGUCUUCUCAAGGAUGGCCAAAGCAUUGACUUUUCGAGCCCCGAGAGGGCGGAUGGCGACAUUGCACCAACAAUGGGACGCAUCAUGAGCGUGGUCAAUGAUCUCAUCCUGCGUCGCGAUCGCGAUGCUGAACACCGCGAAUCGCUCUCAACGACAAUGCGCUCCCUUCGUGCCGAGAAUCUCAAGCUGGCCAACGACGUGAGCCGUCUGGGCGAGAAGUGCGCCGAGUCGCAGCGGAAACUCGACAUUGCCGAAGCGUCGGAGACCUCUGUGCGGACACAGCUCAAGUCGGCAGAGUCCGUCAACCGUGGGCUCAAAGAGGACCUGGUCCGCACGAAGGCCCUGGUGGCUCAAGCGAGGACGUCUUGCGCCACCGAGGUCCGCCGACGCGACCGACAGAUCGAGACGCUGAAGAAGCAGGUCGGGGAGGCUGGGCGGGCUCGCGGUUCUAGGACGAACUCGGCCAUUACCACGAUCACCGUGACGGGCGACUUUGGAGCGGACACAACUGCGAGGAAGGUGGCUGCCGCGAGUGAAGGAUACUCUCUUCGCAGUGAGACCAACGCGUUUCUUGCCGACUUGGCGCAGAAUCUGAGCGAAGAGAAUGAGCAGAUCCUGGGAGCAAUGAGAAAGGCGAUGGGGCGUCUGCGGGAAAUGAGUGGAUUUGAAAAUGGGCAGGCCGACGGACAUGUUACCAGAGCCCACGGCUGGGAAGAUAUGGCUCCUGAGCUGGACUCGGUGCUCGAACACAUGAAAACCAUAUUGUCGAACCCAUCUUUUGUUCCAAUCGAGGAGGUGGUGGUACGAGAGGAAGAAAUCAACCGGUUGAAGGAGGGCUGGGUGAAGAUGGAGAGCAGGUGGACUGAGGCUGUUCACUUGAUCGAGAGCUGGCGCAAGCGAAUGGCUGCCAGCGGGCGACCUGUUUGCGAUGAAGAACUGAAGAUGGGUCUGCGACUGAGCCCUGUCCGUGUGAGAAACGUCGCCGAGACCAGACAUGCAGGAAGGUUCGGGCUGUCUGCUGUAGCGGAGGAGCAGGAGGAAGAGCAGGGCGAGCCAGAUGAGGUACAGGAGGUUUAUCAUGCGCAGCAGUCUCCAACCCCGUAUCGGAAUGGGGUGGUUGACCCAAUGGAACAAGGCCAGGAAGAUGUACAUGCGGAUGACCUGAGCGAUGACGACCUGGAGGAGGAUGACUUCUACGAGGACUACGACGAAGAGGAGCCAAACGUUGAGAUCUUGCAACAAUCAGUGGCGAUGCCUUCUUGGAGGGAGGCCUCGCCAGAUUCCCCGCCUAUCCCAGAGCCGCCACGUCUCAGUCCCUUGAGGAAUUCCCCAUCAGCUGGGAAUAGGGGGAAUCCGGCCAAGAAGACCAGAGAAAAGCCGGGCGAUUUCACCACCAUCGCGGAAGAGAACACUUGGGAUCUGGAACAAGAGCAAACGGGUCACCGUGAUAAACGCGUGAAAAAGACACCGACCAAGGGCGAAGAGCAAGAAAAGCCACAUCGAUCUCCUGUACGAACGUCCUUGGACGACGCUCUGCUAGGAAAACUGGAAGAAGAUGCGGCGCAGGAAAACAGUAACUCUACAGGCUCAUCCUCGAGAGGAUCGGACAGACAAGGAACGGAGAAUCUCGCGGCGAAGACUCCUCGGCGUGGGAUCUCACGGCUCCCUCUACCUCGAAACGCGGAAGCGGGCGCACAGCAAAGCCCGCUCACCAUGGCGAAUAUUGCAGCCAAGCUAGCAGCAUCAGAGAAGGAGGCCGAUGCCGCCCGGGUUCGCGCAAAACUCAAGGCAGUCCGCGGUGCACGAGGAGUCCAGAGGCCGACAUCCACCGUCCUUGAGACAAGCAGCUCCGAGAGUAAGAAGUCAGAGACAGAGAACAUGGAUCCGGUGAAACAGGAUCCAGCAGCACAAGCUCCAAGACAGGAGCUCAAGGUUGAGAAGCGAGAGAGGAGGAAGAGCAAGGUUGCAUCGAGACGGCGAAGCACGCUCAGUCCCUGGGAGUUGGAGACAUUGAUAACG